GCCCACAUAUACAUUUCUACAUUUCAGCUGUAUCUUCAAAUACGAACGAAAACUGCUUGAUUUCUCGUUUCACUGUUCAUAUGAAUACCUGCAAUAAUCGGAAUAUCGAAUAGGAGAUUAGAAUUGAGGAAUUAUUGGUUCAAGGCUUCCUCUUAUAUCUUCCACAGAACGCUACUGGCGAGAGUAUACAGGAUUCAAUAGCGAAUUUUUGGGGAAAAAAAUCAGUUUUGAACAAUUGAGGUGAGAACCGGUGAUUAACCAAGAGUAGACAUUUCUAGCGCCUCAAGAUUGACCUCAAUAAAAAUGGUGGCAUUAUCUUGCUCAAGCUCAAUAACACAUUCUUCAAUAAAACCCCCCUUCCAUUCUUCUGUUGUUACUAUUACUCCAAUUCCAUGUAACUGCACCAGUAUCAAUUUCACUCAAAUGAUUACUCACCCUAUCAUUAUAGAAAAAACAUCUAGGUUUCCUGCAAUUAGGGGAAAAUUUUACCCUAAAUUUUGUGCAAUCAAUCCACACCAAACUUCUUCCACUACCCACUUAGGAAACUGGGAAGAUCCUGUUAGUAGUGAUAGUGAAACUGAUGAAGAAGAUGACAUUGAAGAGAACAAUCUUGACUUUGAAAGUGAUUGGGAGGAAGAAAAGGAUGCUUCAGAAACCCAAAUUAAUAUAGAAAGUUUGUCCACAAGCCAGAUUGAAGAAGAUUUAAAAAAAGAGGUUGAACAACUUCUGUCACCUGAAGAAAGAGCAAUCUUGCAACAAAAUGAAUCUCCUAAUUUGGACAAAAUAUCAACGGAAAAGUGGAACCCUUUGCAUACAUUGGCCUUAUCAGGGCAGAUAAAGUUCAUGGAUAACCUUUUAGAAAAUGGAUUUGAGAUUGAUGCAGCUGAUAAGGAAGGACAAACUGCUCUUCACAAAGCAGUUUUAGGGAAAAAAGAGGCUGUGAUUAGUCAUCUUUUAAGAAAAGGUGCAAGUCCUCAUGCCCAAGAUCUGAGUGGGGCUACUCCACUUCAUUAUGCAGUUCAAGUGAGUGCCAUGCAAACGGUUAAGUUGCUCAUCAAAUGCAAAGCUGACGUGAAUGUUGCUGAUAAUGAGGGGUGGACCCCAUUGCAUGUUGCAAUGCAAAGUAGAAACAGAGACAUAGCAAAAGUUUUGCUUGUGAAUGGUGCAGACAAGACUAGAAGAACUGAGAAUGGGAAAACUCCUCUUGAUUUAGGGUUAUGUUAUGGGAAAGAAUUCAAAGCUUAUGAUCUUGCCAAAUUACUAAAGCUUGUGCCAGCAAACAAUUAUCACUGAUGCCACGUGUCAUGUUCAUAUGUUCUUGUUUUGCUAUUCCACAUAUUUGAUGUUCAAGAAUCGAUAGAAAUCAUCUUGAAUUACAUGAGAUUUAUAUGUAUUAUUUGUAGAACUGUAUCAAAUAACAAAAAUGGUUUUGAAAAAAUAGGCCACGCAAUGAAAUGUUUUACUUCUUUCAUGAGAAAAUAUAUAAUACUCUCCUCUAAACUUGGUUGUUUA